AAAUAGUUUGAUUUGGCAGUCUAAAUGCCAAAUCAUACCUCUCCAUUGCCAGUUCAUUCACAUCUUCGUGGCCACUUGCCAUACAGCUGACUGUCAAAUACGUGUCUAAACAAACUUUGCCGAUUUUGUGUUUUGUGAUUUUCAUUGUGGUUUAUAAAAUAGUAGUUAACAUGGCUAAUGUAAAUUUAACGGAUUUAAAUGUGGACACACUUUUCGAACAACACAGUAUACCAGAUAUAGAAAUUGUCCAUAGAAGGAUACAAACUGUGAUUGAAAGUAAACGCGAGGAAUUACGUACUAUGGUUGGUGAGAGCUACAGAGAUCUUCUUAAAGCAGCGGACACAAUUACCUCUAUGCAGGAUUCCUCUUGCAAGCUUAUACAGCAAGUGAUUGGUAUUUCGGAAAAUUGUCAAAAACUUAAUGAACAGCAACUAAUAGGCUUCCAAACAAGCGAUACAUCGGAUUUGCUACAAAAUCGCAACACUAACAAACAACUUAACAAUUAUUUCAGUACAAUGGUGCAAAUAAACUUAUUAACAUCAUUGCCUGAACUGAUAUGGUCACAUAUUGAUGAUGAACGAUUUUACACAGCUACAGAGUUAUUCGUGUUUAGUCGGCAUAUAAGCACUGGUCUUCAACUGGACGUUCACAACACAUUAAUGAAACAAUUCCCAAUAGCGAAGAAACAGUGGGAAAUACUUAAACCAUUCCACGUUACCAUAAAAAACAACGUUAUAAAUAUGUUGGAACGUGAAGAAUUAAGUGCUGAAGUUGCCGUCGAGUGUUUGCUAAGUUUAUUGUUAUUGGAAAAAAAUAAUUUAAAUGGAGUAUUUAAAAUAUUUUUACAACUACGUUGUGCAGCUUAUUUAAAUUGUUUGAGUGACGGAUCAAACGUAGAUGUACACAACAGACGUGUAAGAGCACGUAUAUUAGCUAGUUUGAAAAUAUUAAAUAAUAGCAUAGAACUCAUACGCACAUGUUUUAUGGACAAUGGCCUGCUCUCUAGUAAACUUUCUGAACAUACCGAUGCAAAUGCUCCACCAACAAUAGCCCUUAUGGAUAGUAAUGAUUUACAGCUUUCCUAUUUGGUACCUGAUAUAAUAGCAAACUUUCGUCCUAAAUAUGAAGUACUGCAACUUGAUAAAUCACAAGUGCAACUCACAUUCGAACAUUGGCUUGCAGAUAUAUCACGCAUAGCUAAUUCACAACUAAAGAAUCUCUUUGAUUUUGUCAAUACAAUGGGUACAAUACAGGAAAUCAAAAAUGAGGCGAAACUAAGUCGGAAGCAUAUUGAUUUUUCUUAUGUUGCAGAAAAAUUUGAGCUCACGCAAACCUUGGAUUUUUAUGAGUUAAAGUAUGUGCCAUUAAUUAAUCAGCGGGUGCGUAAUAUAAUACAUGACAGCUGGCUGCAAGCUAUGCAGAGAGCAUAUGAAACGCUACAAAAUGCUUUAAUGGAAGAAGCCCCAAUAGACUUUAAUAUAUGGGCUGAUAGUGCAAAUGAUUUGCCAUUAAGCUUGGAGGCAGCAUUAAACGAGGAUCGAAAGACAAAAAAAUUGCUUAUGAAAACACGUGGAUAUAGUAGUGUCAUAAUACAACUAUGCACUGAAUUUGACCAACAUCUGGCAAAUAUAGUUUCUGAGAUGGAUGUACUACUCGCUGAACAGGCGACAAGAGCAGAAGAGAAAUUAGCAUUAAUAGACUUUCUGCGUGAAACAGCGCAAACAAAUUUAAUGGAUUUUAUAACCCGAAUUAAACGCUUCAAUUUAACUCAAAGGCAACGCAAAGAACUAUUGCUAGUACUGCGCACUUGCUCAGCGCUUAUUGAGCUAUGCCCACAUUUAAAAAUCUGUUUCUGUCAACAAAGCAGUUGGCGGCAAUGGGUUGGUAACAUAGCGGCCAACAAUAUAGAAUAUUGGCAACGUAUGUGUGGGUUGUUGGAUGAAGAAACUUUCAAUUUUUGGCAACAAUUAUUGGAUGGCAUUUUGCUAGAUAAUGAAUGCAGUCAAUACUUACCAACAAGGAUAUCGAAUGACUUAUGUAUAACUGAGUUCGCAAAUUGGGAAAGUUUUACUUUGGAGCAAAAAGAUGAACAUGAAAAUACAAUAAAUUCGACAUUGCAUGUACCAAAUCAACCUUCAAUUUCACUACAAACAUAUUUGUUCGCUUUAAUACGUGUUCUGAACAAUGUAGUGCCACAAACCUUACCGCCAAAAGUGCUUUGUGUAUUCAACCACAAAUUGCUUACACAUAUUCUAGCACAUUACCAAACAUUUACUGUUGCCACGGAUAAUCAUGUCGGACAAAAGUUGGCAUUACAAUACUACUUCGAUUUAAAGUUUCUGCAAAACGUGUUUGCAGUACCACGUGAUGAACGUGAACUAUGUGCACAGUUUAGCACUUUGCAAAACUUCUUUAAGGAUAUUAUAGAUCCAUUCGAUUUUGAACUUUUCCAUGAGCAAAUAAUAAACAAUGUCAAACGUGCAGUUAGUAGACUAAAAUCUAUGCUAGGCGUGCUAACCCCACACGCAGCUCACACAACAACAGCAUCGACUCUAACACUGACACAGGAGAAAGAUCCAAAUGUUUUGAUUUUAAGUUCAAGCAGUACAACUUCAGUGUGGUUCCCACUUUUGCCAAUUGUGACAAAUGUGAAUAAUACAAAUAUGAUAACGGAUAACAAAAAUUUAGUUGCUUUAGAAAACGAGAAGCAGCAGACGACGCCUACUCGUAAAUCAACAACAUCCCGUAAAAGCGAACCUACUAAAGCAAAAUCCUCAGCCUCUUCAUUCUUCGGUGCCAUGUCACAGGAAUGGUUUCGGUAAUGAGCGAUUCUGUAUAUAUGAUUGUACUGAACGACAAUAUUAAUGAUAAUAUCUUAAUACACAAACAUAUAUAAAUAUAAUAUAUGUCAAAAUAAAUGUUAUUCUGUUGACAGAAAUAACAAACCAAGUAAUGACAAUUUUACGCAUAUGCACUUAUGUAUGUAUCAUAAACGAAAUCUGUGCAAUAUUAUCUAAAUGAAAGUCCUGAGACUUUCACUACUUGAUAAGAAAGGGCUUUGAAACGUAUAUCAUUCCUGUAUGAUACUUCUGAACAAUUAUUUCAAUAAAAGUCAAGGAUAAUGUUAACAAAGUAUAAUAAUCAAUAUUUUAUAAUUUGUCACUUUGCCACACACUUAGCUUCGAUUAUUUCUAUAAUUUAAAUCUUUUUAGUAUAUUAAUUAAUGUAUGUUAACAAAAGUACAUAAAUAAAUUCCUAUUUAAAACACAUUAUUUUGUUAAUAUAUUAUUAUUUUGUUAAUAUAUUGUUUUCUUAUAUGAAUUCAAUCAUCCAGACAGUUAUACUUGGCAUUAAUUUUUAUUGUAAAUAUUAAAUUUAGAUUAUUAUAUUAAAUAACC